GGGGCGGCGCGCAGGGCUGCCGGGAGCUGACAGGGCUGCGGGCCGUGGGGCCGGCGCCCACCUGGAGGGAUGGGGUUGCCGGUCGCGUAGGGGCCAUGCCGCCCGGAUCCCGGGCCUCCCGCGUUCCGCGCCCCGGCCGCCGCGCCCCACGUCCGCGCCGGGAUGGUGAACCUGGCGGCCAUGGUGUGGCGCCGGCUUCUGCGGAAGAGGUGGGUGCUCGCCCUGGUCUUCGGGCUGUCGCUCGUCUACUUCCUCAGCAGCACCUUCAAGCAGGAGGAGAGGGCAGUGAGAGAUAGGAAUCUCCUCCAGGUUCAAGACCAUGAUCAGCCCAUCCUGUGGAAAGUGCAGUUUAACUUGGGCAACAGCAGUCGUCCGAGCAAUCAGUGCCGGAACUCCAUUCAAGGGAAGCACCUCAUCACAGAUGAACUUGGCUACGUUUGCGAGAGGAAGGAUUUGCUGGUGAACGGCUGCUGUAACGUGAACGUCCCCAGCACAAAGCAGUACUGCUGUGAUGGCUGCUGGCCCAACGGCUGCUGCAGCGCUUACGAGUACUGUGUCUCCUGCUGCCUGCAGCCCAACAAGCAACUUCUCCUGGAGCGCUUCCUCAACCGGGCAGCUGUGGCAUUCCAGAACCUCUUCAUGGCAGUCGAAGAUCACUUUGAGUUGUGCCUGGCCAAAUGCAGGACCUCAUCCCAGAGCGUGCAGCAUGAGAACACCUACCGGGAUCCUAUAGCAAAGUAUUGCUAUGGAGAAAGCCCGCCCGAGCUCUUCCCCGCAUGACGGGUGCAGCGGACUUGGUCCAGCCCGGGUGAGGAGGCCCUGCUGAAGAACUCGCCUCCUGGGGCCCAGCUUUGGCAAUUGGGACCAGGCUGUGGGAAGAAGACAAAGGCAGGGCGAGGAAACCUUGGCUUUGACCACGUCUCGUGUUGUCAUCCUUGGCUUUGCUUACCACCGGGCUUACCAGAUGGAACUCUUCUGCAUAGCAGCUUGGACCCUCCAGCCCGUCCCGUUUGGGAAAGAUGAAACCACAGGCUGGGCUCGUGGUGGUGUCGGAGUUCUUGGGUGACUCAGCCCUGGGACCUGCACAGGGACCUGUGACUUGUGUUCGUCAAGGGCCGGUGUCACCUCCAGUUUCGAUCCAGGCCCUUUCACUGUAAAAUUAUUUAUUGGAUUCCUUUGGAGCAAUGGGAAAAUUCUAAUGUUUUAUGUAGGAAGAUGCCUUGCCAUUCUAGUGGAAUAUGUUCAAGGAAAUUAUUUUUGUUGUUGGUCUAUGUUCUCAGCUUUCAGGAUUUAAAUCAUUCUUUCACCCAGAUAAAGCAUUUUGUCUUUUAGGA